AUGUAUUUAGACAAUGAAUCCCCUACUGUUAGUGGGUGUCCUGCAAGUCAAAAUCUGUCUACUGCAGCGGCACAAGACUAUCAGGUAUUUAUUUGGACAACACCAACAUUCAUUGACAAUUCUGGAGAAACACCAUCUGUUACUGAGAGCCAUGCAUCUGGAGUACAGAUAUCACUAACAAGUGGAAUGCCAACAACUCAAGAAGUUGUUUAUGAAGCAACUGACCCUAGUGGAAACACAGAGCAAUGUACUUUUACCCUUAGAGUAUCAGACACUGAGAGUCCAACAUUUGUGAAUUGCCCUUCAAAUAUUAUACAAGACACUGAUGGAUCACUGAAUUACGCCACAGUUACAUGGAUAGAACCUACAUUUAGUGACAAUUCUGGGCUCACACCGUCAGUAGUUCCUACUCACACUCCGCCCAUUCAAGUAAGCCUCAGUAACGGGUUGCAAACAACGACAACUGUGUCGUAUGUCGGUACAGACGUUGCAGGGAAUUCAGUCGAAUACGCUGAAAACCCAGUGUAUGACGCCUGCCCAUCAUCCAUGACACUUAACACAGAUGCUGGAGAAAGUUUUGCUACCGUGACGUGGACAAUUCCAAGCUUCACCGAUAACUCGGAUGAGACGGUUAAUGUUACAGCUUCUCAUACUCCAAGCAUCCAAGUUGAGUUGGACAGCGGUCUUACAGACACAGUGACCGUGACAUAUGAUGCAGUUGAUCCGGCUGACACUGAAAAUCCAGUUAUAACUGGUUGUCCUUCGAAUGCUAACUUUGAUACCGAUGCUGGUCAGGCGUAUGCCACAACCACAUGGACUGAGCCAACUUACAGUGACAACUCUGGAUUGAGUACAGCUGUAUCCUCUCAAUCGCCGGGAUAUCAGCUAAGUGUGUCAGCUGGACUUGAAGCUUCUGAGAGCAUCACAUAUACUCUUACCGAUCCAUCUGGGAACUUCGAUGCAUGCACGUUUACCAUUACCGUUACUGACAAUGAAUCCCCUACUGUUAGUGGGUGUCCUGCAAGUCAAAAUCUGUCUACUGCAGCGGCACAGGACUAUCAGGUAUUUAUUUGGACAACACCAACAUUCAUUGACAAUUCUGGAGAAACACCAUCUGUUACUGAGAGCCAUGCAUCUGGAGUACAGGUAUCACUAACAAGUGGAAUGCCAACAACUCAAGAAGUUGUUUAUGAAGCAACUGACCCUAGUGGAAACACAGAGCAAUGUACUUUUACCCUUAGAGUAUCAG